UGGUUUGCUGGAAUUUUUUUGUGUUCACACACUCGCUGUUUGAAAAGCUGGGGAAAGGUAUAUUUCUCAGGUGCUCAGUUUUGGGUUUUUCCUCAUAAAACUACGCUUACUUUUUAAGCCAUGGCCGCAGGAGGUGGACUUCAGUGUAUCAAAUACUUGCUCUUUAUCUUCAACUUCAUCUUCUGGCUCGCCGGUACAGGAGUUUUGGCUGUUGGUCUCUGGCUGCGCUUCGAUGCUAAAACUAAAGAAUUGUUUACUGGGGAUAAUUCCCAGACUAUGUUCCUCACAGGGGUUUAUAUCCUCAUCGUGGCCGGAGCCGUCAUGAUGGUGGUCGGGUUCCUGGGCUGCUGUGGAGCAAUAAAAGAAUCGUCCUUCAUGCUGGGACUGUUCUUCGUGUUUCUGCUGAUCAUUUUCGCCGCUGAAGUUGCCGCUGGAAUCUGGGGUUUGUCUAAUCAGGAUAAGAUUGUGUCCGAUGUCCAGCAGUGGUACACGCAGAACUUCAACAAUUACAAGCAAGUCCAAACGGGCCGAUGAAGGAAACUAUUGACCGCCAUUCAUUAUGCAAUGCAGUGCUGUGGACUAACUGGCCUGUUCACUGAUGGAGUAUCUGACACCUGCCCCAAACAGCAGGGUCUUGAAGUCGUCAUCACAACGAGCUGCCCAUCUGUCAUUAAGGAAAUGUUCACCUCUCGGCUUCAUGUGAUUGGAGGAGUCGGCAUCGGCAUUGGCGUGAUCAUGGUCUUCGGCAUGAUCUUCAGCAUGUUGCUGUGCUGCGCCAUCCGACGAACCCGUGACAUCGUAUAAACGGCGGUUCGCCACAAGUGCCUGAUUUCUGCUUUUUCUUUUAUUUAUCUUCGUUUGUGAAUGUGUGCGAGUGGUUGUCCUGUUGUAAACGUCUAACCAAGAAAGUCCAGCAUUAGUUGACCACUUAAAAACUGUUACAGCGCGUGCAUAUGAGGAGUCUGAUUUUAGUUUCUUUGUUUCGAUUAACAUUUAUUUCGUCUCUUUGAAUGCACUAGCAAGCUUUCUGGCAUUCUUUUGUAACAUUUUACAUUUAUUUUAUGUACCCAUACGGGUGUUUGGAGAGAAAGUAACAUGUAGUAAAUUACCAAUAAAGUUGAAGACUGAUCGA